UGUAAGCAAGUAUUGUUUUUUUGGGAAAUUAGAGAAAAUAAAUAUCAUCAGUUUGCUUCUCCUUCGCUGCUUUCUCGCUGAUAGAGAGAGAGAAUGGCGGGGGCAACAUCAUCAAGUUUGAUAUGGUCGCCAUGGCAAGCGACUCUUCAGCAAUCUACUACUAAUAAUAAUAAUAGAUUUUAUCUCAAAAAAGGCUAUCCCUUUCCUUGUCACUCUGUUUACAAUACUUUUAAUUUCAAAAGACGUUUUCUUUCUUCUUCCAAAUAUAACGAUGACCAUGUCGUUACCGAUUCUUCUGCCUCCUCCAAGCUUUCUCCGCUUCAGACCCAUUUCUCUUUCUCUGCAAUACGUGUUGUAGGGUGUGGUUGUUCGUGGAUUCAAGACAAUUCAAUGGUUCUUGAUUCGCCUACAAGUAAUGUGCUGCUGACGUCCAAGAAAUGCUCAGCAUUACCAAGCAAAACAGUGGAUGUCUCUUCAGUGUCUGACCUUUUUGAGUUCAUUUGCUCGGGUCCACUCGUGGACAAGAUCGGCAUCACUCCUGAUAGUGUUGGUCAGUCCAUUGACAAAUGGUUGCUCUACGGCUCCCAGCUCUGCAGGCUCUUUCAGCUUAAUGAGCUUAUGCUCACCAUUCCCCAGAAAGCCAGGCUUUACCAUUACUAUAUCCCCGUCUUUGUUUGGUGCCAAGACCAGAUUGCUCUGCAUACUUCCAAGUUUAAUGAUGGUGAUGAUGUGCCUCCACUUGUGAUUGGAUUCAGCGCGCCUCAAGGAUGUGGCAAGACUACACUUGUGUUUGCACUUGAUUAUCUUUUCAAAACUACCAAAAUGAAGUCGGCAACAAUAUCCAUUGACGAUUUUUACUUGACUUCACAAGGCCAGGCUAAAUUGAGAGAAGAGAAUUCAGGAAAUGCACUCCUAGAGGUAGUAGACACAUCUUCAAAUUUCUCAACGUUUUUGUCGUUUCUGCUUUAUUUUGAACAUAUCUUGAUUUUGUAUCAUAUUAUAUGUUUUCUUCAGUAUCGUGGAAAUGCAGGAAGCCAUGAUCUUCCAUUCUCUGUCGAAACCAUAGAAGCUCUGACUAAACUCACCAAGGACGGCAUGAAGAUGAAAGUUCCUCGGUACGAUAAGUCUGCGUACAGCGGAAGGGGUGACAGAGCCGAUGCAACAACAUGGCCUGAAGUUGAAGGACCUCUAAAGGUUGUUCUCUUUGAGGGAUGGAUGCUUGGUUUUAAACCUCUUCCUGCUGAAGCCGUUAAAGCAGUGGAUCCUCAGCUGGAGACAGUUAACAAGAACCUUGAAGCGUAUUACGAGGCAUGGGACAAGUACAUAAAUGCUUGGGUGGUCAUCAAAAUCAAGGACCCAAGUUAUGUUUACCGGUGGCGCCUUCAGGCGGAAAUAGCAAUGAGGCAGGCUGGCAAACCAGGGAUGUCAGAUGAUGAGGUGAAUGACUUUGUGUCGAGGUAUUUGCCGGCAUAUAAGGCCUAUCUUCCGACCCUUUACGCGGAAGGACCUAGCGGCUCUGACUUAGAGCGUGUGCUUGCGAUAGAUAUUGAUGAAGAAAGGAACCCCAUACUCGCUACCUAAAUGACAUGUUGUAUGUAAAAGGAGUAUAACACACUACAUGAUCACACUUUGUUACUUUCCAUCUUUCUGAAAUGCUAUUUCUUACAUUUUGUAUACUAAAACAGCAGCAAAGUUGUAGCUAUUAUGCAGGAGAUGAGUAACACUAUUUUUUUCACAUAA